AUGGCUACGACAGAGCACCCAUACCGUCGAAACUUGGCGUCGGCAACUCCGGUGAAGCUCAGCACGACAAACAAGGGUCACAAUGAGGCAUUGGUGGCUCAACAAUCAGAACAUGAGGAGAAUAUAGAGCUCAGUGAACCGCCGAGUGGCACAGUUGCGUCACCUCGUCCGUUUGCAACGCCAGAAGCCGUCCAGUACCAUCGCAAGUCUGAAUCGUCGCCUGCGCCUUCGAGUUUCGUAUCGCCGAACUCAUCGCGCUCCAAUUUGAAUGCCUCCAGCAGCAGUGCCGUUGAGCUGCGUACAGGAUCCGAGAACGGGAUGUCGAGCCACGCUCGCAGAGCCCACAGAUCGCUGGAUCUUUCGCAUUUAUUUUUGUUGGACAACAAGGACACGCGAUUCACGGCCACGAAUGAAAGUGUGGCGGAUCUCUCGCACCAGAUGGUAGGCCAGUAUCUUGGCGAGGCUCACAAUUCGUCACUGGUUCCCCGUUUGAAGACAAUUGAAAUGUACAAGCAAAACGUAAAGAAAUCAAAGGAUCCCGACGUGCUGUUCCAGUAUGCACAGUAUAUGCUUCAAACUGCGCUUACAAUCGAUCCCACGGAAGAGGUUGAAGAAAACUCGACCUCUGCCGAAGGUAAGCAGGAGACAGUGUCCCAGCAAGAGAUGCGCAAGCAGUUUCUCAAAGAGGCUCAGGUGUACCUCAAAAAGCUCAGCGUGAAAGGCUAUUCAGAUGCACAAUAUUUGCUGGGAGACGCAUAUUCGUCAGGUGCGUUCGGAAGAGUAAACAACAAAGACGCGUUUGUAUUGUUCCAGUCUGCCGCCAAGCACGGGCAUGUGGAAAGUGCUUUUAGGACAGCGCAUUGUUUUGAAGAGGGAUUAGGCACUACUCGAGACUCUAGAAGAGCGGUCGAAUUCUUGAAAUUUGCUGCAAGCAGGAAUCACACCUCGGCUAUGUACAAACUGGGCUUGUUUUCGUUUUAUGGUCGAAUGGGACUUCCAAACGAGGUUACCACUAAGCAAAAUGGUAUCAAAUGGCUGUCCCGUGCUGCAGCUCGUGCUACUGAACUUACGAGUGCCGCUCCCUAUGAACUCGCCAAAAUAUACAAAAAUGGAUUUUUGGACAUUAUCAUACCAGAUCUUAAGUAUGCCAUGGAGCUGUAUAUUCAGGCAGCUUCCCUAGGUCACGCUCAGUCGGCAACUGGUCUGGGCAAGAUCUACGAAGCAGGUAACGAAGUCGUUCCCCCAGACACCAGUCUAAGUGUGCACUACUAUACACAAGCGGCAUUGUUGGGGGAGCCGCACGCCAUGUUAGGGCUGUGUGCGUGGUAUUUGAUGGGCGCGGAGCCUGUUCUUGAAAAAGACGAGAAGGAGGCCUUCCAGUGGGCUUUGAAAGCUGCUAAAUUGGGGCUCGGGAAGGCCCAAUUCACGGUCGGUUACUUCUAUGAGAAGGGCCGCGGCUGCAGCGUUGAACCCAAGAGCGCUCGGUAUUGGUACGAGCUCGCUGCAAAAAACAACGACUCGCGUGCCUUGAACAAGCUCAACGAUCAAAAUGUCCCGCUUCACAGAAAACAGAAGAGUUUGACUGCUUUGAACUUGUUCUCGUCUGCGUCGGCCGCCAAUCUACUGGAAACCGAUGCAGGGACCCCGCCAAAGCUGGCCCAAGCGCAUACUUCCAACCAACUCUCGGUGCAGGCGCCAUCAGAGCUUAGUGGCACAGGUAGUGGCCAAGCCAACUCCGUUCCUGUCCAGGGUGACACGACUGAAACAUCGACGGCACCCGAACAGCCACUUGCUUCUAGCCCUCCGACCGCGUUCCAGUUGGUCGGAGACGAACGUGCCACGGAAGAUACGGCCAAACCAGAAACCGGUGCAAAGAAGGAAGAUUUGGAUAACUCGGCUAAUACGUCGUCGGUCAAGAAAAGCAAGAAAAAAAUGGUUCAAAGAAGAAAGACAAGAAAUGCGUGA